AUGGCCGACGAUGAGCAAGCGACGCUUCCCUCCUUCUUCUGCCCCAUCAGCAUGGCGCUCAUGAACAACCCAGUCACCUGCUCUGACGGCUUCACCUACGAGAGAUCCUCCAUCGAGACCUGGCUGCAGUCCAACACCGUCAGCCCCAUGACUGGAAUGCCCCUCCAAGGCAGCGGGCUCAUCCCCAAUCACAAUCUCCGCAAUGCCAUCCAAGAGUGGAAGGAG